UCUUAAAGAAAAAAUCACUCUGUGUUCUCUUCAAAUCCCUCCGGUUUCAUAUUUUACUGCUCCAGGAGUCUGCCUCCCUCAAGUUCUUGUAUAGACCAGUUAUUUCCCUCUGUAAAGAAGCUGUUCAGUUCGUUCUUGUCUGGUUUGGAAGAGUCCAAGGAGGCAGUUCUGCAGCCCCGUCUCUUUCCACUCCCCUCCUCCCCACAGUCCUGGCUGGAGCCGCGAGUCUGUCAAUCCCAGGCGAGAGACAAGGCAGACAAAGGUCCAUUUGUGAAGAACCUCCUUCCAGUGCCUCCUCUCUUCUCCUUUUGCCCAAACUCACCCAGUGAAGUUGGAGCAUUUUAAGAACAGUCCUCUGCCAAGAAGACCAAAAGGAAGAAAAAGGGUUAAAGCCAAAAUGAAAUUUAUGGUACUGACUGUCACUGUUGGGCUAACUUUGCUGCUUGGAGCCCAAGCCAUACCUGCAAAUCGCCUCUCUUGCUACAGAAAGAUACUAAAAGAUCGCAACUGUCACAACCUUCCAGAAGGAGUAGCUGACCUGACACCAGUUGAUGUGAACGUCCAGGAUCAUUUCUGGGAUGGAAAGGGAUGUGAAAUGAUCUGUUACUGCAAUUUCAGUGAAUUGCUCUGCUGCCCAAAAGAUAUCUUCUUUGGACCAAAGAUCUCUUUUGUGAUUCCUUGCAACAAUCACUGAGAAUCCUCACAUAUUCCGAAGAAUAUCAUCCCUAAUUUACCACAAUCUGCACUAUGUUAACGUAACUGCAUUUCUAGCUUCUAUUCUGUGCAAUAAAACACACAUUCUACCAAUUCUUAGCUGUCUAGGACAAAUAAACAUAUCUUAAAGAAGUAGUAAUAAAAGUUAAUUCCAUUAAAUUUUUCCCUGUGGACAUUGUUGGCAUGCUUUAAUUUUUUGGCAAGAAAAAAUUUAUCUAUGAGAUGUUCACAAACUCAGUAAAAGAAUUCUGUCCUCCAGGUGAAGAGUCAUAGUCCUGUCUUCAAGAUUGAGAACACCUUUAUUUCUUAGUUUAUUGUUACAGACUGUUUAUACUUAAUGGAAGGAACCAGGUAUAAAUAAAAG